AUGUCAUAUGAUACCAAUUAUAACUCAGUGAGAUUUUGCAGUACCAAGAACCUAUACAGAGGGUGAGCCAAAAUGGAAGACGGUCCUGUUUCCUAUGGCUUUAAAAACAUUUUUAUUACAAUGUUUGCUACCUUUUUUUUCUUCAAACUUUUAAUUAAAGUUUGUUUGGCUCUCCUGACUCAUUUCUAUAUCGUCAAAGGAAAUAGAAAAGAAGCGGCUAGGAUAGCAGAAGAGAUCUAUGGUGGAAUUUCAGAUUGUUGGGCUGACCGAUCCCCUCUUCAUGAAGCUGCAGCCCAGGGGCGCUUACUGGCCCUUAAAACUCUAAUUGCACAAGGUGUCAACGUGAACCUUGUGACCAUUAACCGGGUCUCUUCGCUCCACGAAGCGUGCCUUGGAGGUCACGUAGCCUGUGCAAAAGCCUUAUUGGAAAAGGGCGCACACGUCAACGGAGUGACGGUGCACGGAGCCACGCCCCUGUUCAACGCCUGCAGGAGCGGCAGUGCUGCGUGUGUCAACGUGCUGCUGGAGUUUGGAGCCAAGGCUCAGCCAGAGGUGCACUUGGCCUCACCCAUCCAUGAGGCAGUGAAGAGAGGUCAUAGAGAGUGCAUGGAGAUCCUGCUGGCAAAUAACGUUAACAUUGACCAAGAACUGCCUCAGCUUGGAACUCCCUUGUAUGUGGCCUGCACCUACCAGAGGGUAGACUGUGUGAAGAAACUUCUAGAAUUAGGAGCCAGUGUGGACCGCGGCCAACGUCUGGACACUCCCCUGCACGCGGCAGCGAGGCGGUCCAGCGCGGAGGUCAUCCACCUCCUGGCCGACUACGGGGCCCCCCUAAAGUGCAGAAACGCAGAGGGCAAAAGCGCGCUGGAUCUGGCCACUCCCAACAGCAGCGUGGAGCAAGCACUCCUGCUCCGGGAGGGCCCACCGGCUCUUUCUCAGCUCUGCCGCCUGUGUGUCCGGAAGUGCUUGGGUCGAGCAUGUCAUCAAACCAUCCGUGAACUCCAUCUGCCAGAGCUGCUGGAAAGAUUCCUGCUCUACCAGUAG